AUGGAAUUCGACGCCGGAGAGGCGGUCGUGUCGAUCCGUACGUACAAAGAGCGAGAGCGAGCGAGAAAGAGCGACAGCGAACGAGAAAGAACGAGAGCGAGUGAAAAAGAACGAGAGCGAGCAAGAAAGAACGAGAGCGAGCGAACGAGAAAGAACGAGAGCGAGCGAGAGCGAAAGAACGAGAGCGAACGAGAAAGAACGAGAGCGAGCGAGAGCAAGAAAGCGAGAGCGAACGAGAAAGAACGAGAGCGAGCGAGAGCGAGAAAGCGAGAGCGAGCGAGAAAGAGCGAGAGCGAGCGAGAGAGAGAACGGGUGAAACGCAGUUGGAGAAAGAGCGAGGAGAGGAUAGGUGGAUGGCAAAAGGGUGUCGAGGAGGGAGAAAAGGGGGUGUGGUACGCGAAGUCAAUUAGCAUAGGCACCAAGUUUGCGGGGCUCGAGGCUUCCAGGAAAAAGAAGAAGAAGAAGGACAAGGAGAAGAAGAGGAGGAAGAAGAAAAACAAGAAGAAAACGUUGCGAAGGGAGAAAGCGUAAAACUGUGGGUGUGGGAAGAAGAGGGGGGGGGAGUCGAGCGUAGACGUAGGAAUACGAGUGCGGGGAGGCGUGGGGUCAGGGGUCGAAGGAGAGGGAAGAGGAGCAUAUCGCGGUGUGGAGAGAGAGAGAGAGAGAGAGAGAGUGGGGGAAUCGGAAAGGAGGCACGAUGAAGGUUUUACUGGCGAGGUUAUGCCCGCCGGUUUGCGCAAUUUCGGUGUAUCUGAAUUGGCGGAGGAGUCGUAUCUAAACGAGGCCGGAUGAAUCUGCAACCCUCCUCUCUCUUUCUCUCUCCCCCCUCUGGAAUCUCUCCAGGGGGCAUGUCCCAUAAAAACGUUGUAACCUCGGUUUCCAGCGUAAGAUUCCAUGGCAAAAGGAAGGCAGGAGGAGGAGGAGGAGGGAUAAAGGAGAGAAAGGAGGGCUACUAUCGCGCGAUACUACGGGGAAAGGCUUCCCCCAGGUUUCGGAGGGUUUUGUUGUUAGAAUCCGCGCGAGAGACAGGAAGUUAAGAGCUGUAUCCAACGCGACAAUAAAAUGUAUCCUCGCUUCGUGCCGGUUUCUUGAUACGGGUCACGGGGAUUGCGGGGAGUAGGGGAGGGGAGGGAAGAUGUAUCGAUUCGAUGAAUAAAACGUUGGUCUCGUUGGUGACGCGUGUAUAUACGCGAGGAUAUGAUGGAGUUCGUAGCUUUUGCUACAUUGUUGUCUUGGGAUGAGACUUGGGUUCUUCUCAGAUGAAUGGAGACUUUGUACGGGAGUAUAAAAUAAACGAGUAAGAUGUAUCGAAUAAAAUCGGUACAUCGAAGUGUGUAUAAGCACGAUGAUGGGUUGAUGGGUGAUUUCUUUUUUUUCUUUUGUGUUGAAGCAAGGAAAAGAGAUGAUAUAUUUGUAGUAUUUGUUUUUUAUUUAUUUAUUUAUUUAUUUUUUUAAGGAACUUGAAAGAAAUUCUCGGGAAUGAGAAUCUUUCGUUCAAUUUCGAUAUUGAAAUAUUCGUCCCUUGUCUCGAUUUUUUUGAAAGUUUUUUCGAGUCGAGUUUGCCCAAUUUGGCUCUUUCGAAAAGGGGGGUCGUUAUUCCCCUCGAAUUCGUCGAGUGAAAAUGUAUUAACGACUGUAGUUUCGAUGGUGAUCAUUCUUUUAUAGUGGAAACUUUCUUCUCGUACUUCUCGAAGGGAUUGCAAUGAGAACAAGAAGAAUCUCGAGGGCAAAAAUUUGGGUAUGAAAGUAAAGUAUCGUUAAAUCUUCUUGCAAGCUUGGCAAGAAUUUCAUUUCUUCGGUGGGGAAAUAUUUAUUGGCGAUGAAAAGGAUUAGAAUGAACGUCUUUGUGUGGAACUGAAAAAAAAAAA